AGAAGAUGAGUGGUCUUCCUCCUUGUCCACUAACCUACCUAUUCCCCCCCUCAAAGCCAGCGCGCGGCUACCCCGCUAGACUCUGAUUUGUUGUUCUCCGUGGGGCUCCCGUAUGCCCAGUCGCUUUGUCGUCGUCCCUUCAGGCGAGGUGGAAUGGAGUGGGAAUCAGUGCGGCCACCACACCACAGCCCAUCAAUCUCCGCGCCAGUUUUCCUACAUGCCGAUACAGCAACACAGGGCCCCUAAGACAUGGAAGCAGUGGGAACGUCCAUCGUAGUGGGAACGGCCAUCCUAAGCCUGUUGCAGACGGGCUCUAUGCUAUUUUAUCGUGGCCUCCCAGCGCACGAAUCAUUCAAGAGCGACACGAGCAGACGUCGCAGUACGUCGGAGGCCGACCGGGAGCCCAUAGACGACGAGACCCGUAGUGGGGACGGUCCGGAAGACCCGGAAAGCUCUGCCGAGGAAAGCGAUGAAAGCGAUGUCGACUCGUCUACUAGCAGUGAUUAUGGGGCGCUUCGGAGAUACAGGGCCUUCGCCAAGUUCGAAGCCAGAACCUUCAAUCAUAACGUGGCUAGCAAGGGCCGACACAACUCGCAGGGCCCCGAUCUUGACGAGGCUUAUCUCAAACCGGCCGAAGAACUCAAGACUUGCCUUGAGCAGCAGUUCGGAACCAACCUAUCAUCGACAAUUGAGAACGUUGUCGUGACGGGAACGUCGGUCCGCCUGGACCCAAGCCGAAAGAGGCUCUCCAAGACCGUCCGGGCACUUACUGCCAUCAACACGGCGAUGGAGGGCGAUAAUGCUGCCGCCCGGAAAGAGAACGCCAACGUGGCGAUAAGCCAAACAAGCGACUAUCACUUCGACCGGGACGCAGAAGGGAGGAUCCGUAGGUCUCUGGUGGACUUACACGGGCAUUUGCAAAGACUGGCGUCCGAGUGCUCACACAAGGCCAUGCUGCAAAUGAACGGCUUCAAUGAAGCGAGGAAGACCACUGCCGGAACGGGAGAAGGACAAUUCGAGGUUCUCUUGUCUCCCUGCCCUGAUUCAGAAUCCUCACAGUGGCAGGAAACCUGCUGCGCCGUAAAGAGGCGCGCUGAGACACCUGCAGACGAUUCCGACUCGGACGAAACUAUUUGCAGCAUGAUUCAACUCGGCCAGGAGUUCGGUGGUGUUCUCCAUAUCACAUUCAACCAACGGCAUUUCUUUCCCGACAAUCUGGAGCAGCACGAGCUAUCGUUUCCAUCCGCCAACCCCUCUAUCACCCUGCGCGACCUAUUGGAUAAGCACGCCUUCCCUCAUGUCGGCGGGGAUAACAGUAGGAUCUACUCAUGGAGCGACAGAUAUCUCCUCGCUCUGAACCUUGCUCGCUCCCUGUUUUACCUGUUCGACGGACCCUGGGGGUCUUGCAGCUGGAAGGCAGAUAAUAUCUUCUUUCUUAGCAGCCACGGAAGCCCCGGAUCUGGGGUCGUUCACAAUCGCUACCGCCCCUAUAUCCGCUGCCCCUUGGAGAUUGCCGACAUGGACAAGCUGCAGGGGCCGAAGAACAACAAGGGAUUCAAGCAACUACACUACCCUAUGUGGCUGGCUCUUGCCCAGGUUCUCAUGGAGGUUCACAUCGGACGCAGCCUUGUUCCCGAAGGCAACGACUCGAAGCCUGUUGGAAAUGCGGACCUCCGACGCUUUCUGCUCCAGCUUGCCGAGAGCGAGCUGAAGGAUAGUAAGAACGAUGCCUAUCGGGAAGCCGUCAAGGCUUGCCUAAAUUUCGGCAUCAAACUCCUCCGGGCCAAAGGACUGACAAGACAAAAGGAAGCACAGAAACUCAUCCGGAAAGUCAUCAUUUCCAAUCUCGAAAAGAACUAUGAGAUGUGGUCCUUGACUCCGCCAGAGCGUCCGGACUUGCAUUUUUCUCUCGGCGAACAAGCCGAGCAAGAUCAACAGCUGAAUGCUCCAGAUACCCCCGCCGCUUCUCCAGAUAUUGCUACAACUACGGGAGCAGGGCGCGAGCCUUGUAGUCCCCCGGGCGUCUUUCAGAAUUCUCCCAUGCAGACGAUCCAACGAGUGGUUGCUGGUUCCUUUGCACGGCUCCCUCCCGGUGUCUCUAUUCUCACUCUUUUCGAUGAUAACGAUUCGACCGAAGGAAGCCUGAUCCCAUCAUGUCGCAAGUUCUUUGACCGCAUCGACUUGUUCAAAGAACAGUACAUCGAUCCCCUUAGGGAGAUCCACAAGUCAACCAAGCAUGCGAAGAUCAAGAUCGCAGUUCUUGACUCUGGGGUGGACUUCAAGAACGAUCUCGUCAUCCGCGGCGCGCUCAGCAAGAAACGGAUCCGCGCCGGCUGGGGUCCCACGGGAACUGCGAAGAAAGACUUCCUAGAUUCGUACGGCCACGGAACACACGUAACACGCCUACUUCUUCGAACGGCUCCGCUUGCCGAGAUAUACGUGGCUAAGAUAUCGGAGGACAAGCACCUGGACGAGAGCAAGGUCCAAGACAUGGUCGAUGCGAUUACAUGGGCCGCGGAAACGGUCGACGCUCACAUCAUCACCAUGUCCUUUGGCAUGAAAAAGGAAGUGCCGGUGGUCGCAGAAGCCAUUAGCCAUGCGCUCCAUCGCGGCAAGCUCAUAUUUGCCGCGGCUGCGAACGAAGGGGGGUUACAGCCGCGGGCAUAUCCGGCCUCACACCCGGGCGUGAUCUGCAUCCACGCGUCGGACGGGUACGGGACGCCGGCGACGUUCAAUCCGAACCCGGAGGUCGUCGGCGACAACUUCUCGACGGUCGGCACGGGCAUCGAGUCCGAGUGGAAUGGUCAGGCCGUGUUCAAGUCGGGGACGUCGUUCGCAACGCCCGUGGCGGCCGGCAUCGCUGCCAACAUUCUCGAGUUCGCCCACACGCGCCUUCGGAAGCCCGACGGGCCCGAGUUUCUGUCGUCGUACCGCGGCAUGCGGGCCCUGCUCGCGUGCAUGGCCCCCGAACGCCAGAAGUACCACUUUAUCUCGCCGUGGCGCGUGUUCCCGGAGCUGACGAUGGAUGACCCGGCCGAGGCGGGGAAGGAAUGGGAGAAGGUCUGCGAGGAGCUACGCAGCUUCAUCCUCACGGGUGUCGUGCCGCGGGCGUGGAGAUACGACGUGGGCAUCCAGUAGACACACACUGAUGGGGUGGAAAUACUGCGUCCGUAUUCUCACAUGUCCAUAAAUUUGAGUGUAUUAUCUGGGCUUCUUUGCUUAUCUCUGGGUCGACACAGCAUGGAGCAACUUGGGAGUGUUGGUACCUUCGAACUCUUGAUGUUUUUUUGCCUUAUUGUUGACUCAUUAUGAUAGAAG